AUGGACAGCCUCCAGCGGAGCGUCAAACAAACGGACGGAAUGCUCCGCGCCGUUAUCCAGCAAUUGAACAAGCAGAUUGAGACCAUGGGCAACUCAACAGGCCAUACAAAUCUCGCCGGCGUUGCGACGAGCCUUGAGGUUUCACUCGCCCAAGUCCAGCGCGUCCACCGACUUCUUGAGUAUGACCUCGGCAAACUCGCAGCCAUUAUCGAAGAGCUCCCCACUAAGAACUCUAUCGUUGAAGGGCCUGAAGUUAAGAGAUCCGUCAAUGAGAACACGGAAGGAGACAAGGCGCUGGGUCGGAUGGAGGCAAAGCUCGACUCGCUCACCACAAAGUUUGACCAGAUCGCCGGGUUGGAGCCCUUGGUCCAGCGGAGUGAAGUUAAGAUUGAUGAUACCCUCCGUAUCUGCGAGACACUCGACACGUCCCAAAACCUGAACUUGGGACGGCUUACUGCCAUUCAACACUCACUGUCCAAGAUGAAAAAGAGUGCCACCGUCAUCGGCGUUGAUCCAGCCGCAGCACAUGCGCCAGCUCUCUCAAGCACCAACCAGCCAGACCGCAAGAAGAGGAAGAUGGAAGAAAGUGAUAUCUUUGACUCUACGGCGCUUUCAGCCCCCGUGCGUCACAAGAACAAGUGGAAAGCUCUGACCGCUGACCAGCGGAACAAGCUGCGAGAACUUACCAACCGGCGCUCGCUCACAGAAGGAAUCCUCGAUCGGCUUGUUCCAUGCCCAGACGGGGGCCUCUGGAAUACGGACCACAUUCUUUUCCGCUUCCGGUCUCUGUGCCAGAAUCAAGGCCUCUCUGUGAAGGCUGCCAGGCUCAAGGAAUACAUGGACCUGAAGCUGUCUCGGUCCUGGUUUUGUGCCCGGAAUGUAGCCAUUGAGGGUGCCCCUUCCGUAUCUUUGUCCGGCGAAUGCAAGUAUUGCAUAUCGCGAUGUGUUCUGAUCAAACCAGUGGAACCGGAUAGCGAGAACGAAGACAAUCGUUAUUACGUUCGGGUGGUGAGUCACUAA